AUGUCGAUUCUUAGGGGCUUUCUUCUUCUUUUCUUUCCUUUUAUGUUCCUAAAUUCUUCGGCUGCAAUUGUCUUCUCAAAUAAUGUUGUGAGUUUAGGAGCCAAGCCCGAUGGCAAAUUUGACUCAACGAAAGCAUUUGAAAGCGCAUGGGCUAAUGCAUGUGGCUCCAUGAGACCAACCUCUAUUUAUGUUCCACUAGGAAGAUAUUACCUUCGUACUCUAACAUUGAAUGGGCCGUGCAAGAAUAAUGCCAUUUUCAUACGCAUUGAUGGCACUUUGGUGGCUCCAUCAGACUAUAAAGUUAUUGGCAAUUCUGCAGCUUGGAUCUUGUUCAGACGAGUUGAUGGAGUAACUAUCUCAGGUGGAGUUUUUGAUGGUAAAGGAAGUGGGUUAUGGGCAUGCAAGAACUCGACCAAGACUUGUCCUAGUGGGGCCACGACAAUUGAAAUCUCCAACUCUAAGAAUGUAGUGCUUAGUGCAUUAACAUCACUCAAUAGUCAAAUGUUCCAUAUAGUCGUAAAUGGUUGCCAAAAUAUCAAAAUGAAAGGACUUAAGGUCUUGGCUUCUGGCAAUAGUCCCAAUACUGAUGGUAUUCACGUACAACUAUCAUCUGAUGUAACUAUACUCAACUCCAAGAUAGGCACGGGAGAUGACUGCAUAUCCAUCGGUCCUGGGACCUCCAACUUGUGGAUUGAGAAUAUUGUUUGUGGGCCCGGUCAUGGAAUAAGCAUUGGAAGUCUAGCAAAGGACUUAGAAGAGGCUGGAGUGCAGAACGUGACCGUUAAAAAAGCUUUAUUUUCACGCACCCAAAACGGGGUGAGAAUCAAGGCAUGGGGUAGGCCAAGCAAUGGGUUUGUUAAGAAUAUUCUCUUCCAACAUAUUGUUAUGGACAAUGUUCAAAAUCCAAUUGUUAUUGACCAAAAUUAUUGCCCAAGUCACAAAGGUUGUCCGGGUCAGGCUUCUGGCGUCAAAAUCAGUGACGUGACGUACCAAGACAUUCAUGGAACAUCAGCCACUCAAAUUGCAGUGAAAUUUGAUUGUAGUCCAACAAAUCCAUGCAGUGGAAUAAAAAUGGAGGACGUAAAACUUUCUUAUAAGGAUCAAAUAGCUGGAGCGACGUGUAGCCAUGUAGGAGGAACAGCUACCGGUAGUGUUGAACCGAGUAAUUGCUUGUAG